GAAGGGUCUGAAUGCAGUGCUCUUGCUGCGAAACAGGCAAUGUCUGUUAGUUGCGUCUCGACUGGCACAUCAGUUGGGCUGCAGCUACCAGGAGAGCCGAGCACCAGCAGUGCGGGGGGACAGAGCUGCUGAGCACAGCACGCUACACUAGAGCAGACGAGCGUGCUUAGAGGAGCACAGGCAGGGACGGAGGAAAAACAAAUUGCACACUUCACAGAAGAGAAUCUGAAGAGAGUGUCAGGGUGAGAAAAGUUACCAGGUCAGCAGGACUGGGAGUGGAGCAGCUGAGACUGACUGAGUUCCCGCUGCAACUGGGACAGUAGCUACCAAAGAUACAAGGAAACAUCACUUUGUCUCAAGAGAUGACUAAUACGCUUAACAGGAGUCUCUUGCACAGCUACAAAGACAUAGAAAGCAAGACAUCAGCAGGAAGCCGAAGCAGUACAGCUCCACUCACUUCUUCACUGGACUCUUUCAAACUCAAAUUGCUCAGCUCAGCUGUGUGAUUUGGGGUGGAUGUAAUUUGAUUUUUAUCUUUGCAUUUUCAUCCUUUCUUCUGGUCGGGAAGCAGUGGAGACUCUGAGGGCACGUUGUUCUGUCCUGUCACCUCUGAGACUAUGUUAGACGGUGUGUCAGGGAGAUCUUCAUUAGCAGCCGCAGCCCCACAGCAUGGAGAAGUCCAGCAGUGAGGAGUCAGCCAUACAUCGUAGCCCAUCAGUAGAUAGUUGUGACUCCGAUUUCCCUCAAGCGUCCACGUCUGGCCGCCCAUUCGGUGGCCGCGGCUUCACUGCCGGCGCAUUCUACGGCUCCACGGGGCCACGUAAAAACACACAGCAGGGUCAGGCUGCAACAGCAUCAGCUGAGGCCAGCGCAGGAGACAAGAGCAACAACAAGUACAGCUCACCCAAAGGGAGCAAGUACGUGGUCUUUUACCUGGAUCUAUCAUUUGUCUUCCUUUUAGAAUUCAAGAAGUUUAACAUGGCAAGAGGCUGUCUCUGCUGCUUGAAGUAUCUGAUGUUUGUCUUCAAUCUCAUCUUCUGGUUGUGUGGCUGUGGGCUGCUCGGCGUGGGUAUCUGGCUCUCCGUGUCUCAAGGCAGCUUCGCCACCUUCUCGCCCUCAUUCCCCUCACUGUCAGCUGCCAACAUGGUGAUCGCAAUUGGCGCCAUCGUCAUGGUAACAGGAUUUCUCGGUUGCCUGGGUGCCAUCAAAGAGAACAAGUGCCUGCUUCUGAGUUUUUUCAUCGUCCUACUGAUAAUUCUCCUGACAGAGCUGAUAUUACUCAUCCUGUUCUUUGUGUACUCAGAUAAGGUGAGUGAAAAUGCUAAACAAGAUCUGAAGGAUGGGCUGGCUCUGUACAACUCUGAAAACAACAUUGGGCUGAGAAAUGCUUGGAACAUCAUCCAAGCAGAGUGGAAGUGCUGUGGCGUUAUAGCCUACACCGACUGGCAUGAGGCCCUGAAAGAGAAGGUCGUCCCUGACCGCUGCUGCCAGGAGCAUUACCAGAACUGCGGGCGUAAUUCGACCAACAUGUUCUGGAACCGGGGCUGCUUUGAGAAAGUUGAGGAAUGGCUCGAUGACAACAAGCACCUGCUGGGAACCGUAGGCAUGGUCAUCUUGGUGGUGCAGCUUCUGGGCAUGGCAUUCUCCAUGAUACUCUUCCAUCACAUCCACAGAACGGGGAAGAAGUACGAUGCCUAGCCACAGGAGAAGAGAAGAGGACCCCCUAAUCUGGAUGGGAUGGAACUCUGAUUAAAUGUACCCCCCACCCCCUCCUCCCCACCACCGCUGCCACUACAUUACAACCAUCCUUUGACUCAGUUCCCAGACUAUGCCGCUCUGGGCUCUCUCUUUUCACCACUCAUUUUUGCCAAAGAGUAACACAACUGGAAGAGGAGAAGGGACAAGUAAUUUGGCAUAGACGAGAAUCCCGUUGGUUGUUACUCCUUCAUUUUUGUUCUUUUUGCUCGGAAUAACAAUUUGCUGGUGAGAACCACAUACGGACGCUAAGACAUUUGAGACUCUUGCUAAUUGUCCCCAUCAAACUGGGGGUGAAAAAAACGUAAAUCUCCUGCCCACCUAUUUCCUGUGGAGUAUUUGUCUUUCCUUUAUGCUUAUCCCCUAACCCCCAAAAUAUGAAAAAAAAUAUAAUUUUUCUUUGUAAAUGGAAAAAAAUCCAAAAUGGCAUGCUUGUUUUCUACGUCACCAGCUUACCUUCAAAACCUUUUGCCCGCUUUUUUUUUCCCAAAUAUUUUUUGUAUGUGCGUGAUAUGCUCCUGUGGAAAAUAAGUACAAUGUAGUGUGCGUUGGAUUUGAUGUGAGGAGCAUAGACAUGUCAGGAUGGUGUUUAUGAUGAUCUAUGAGUCAUAUAUUUUCCUUUUGACAAGCAUUUUGGGUAAAGUGAAUGGGAUUGAAGGAAGUUAUUAAAGGUAGAGGAAUCA